GUUAUUCCGGCUGGGUCUCCGCUCCGGCCAGCGCUUCCCGGGCUUGUUCCGGGCUGAGAGCAGCGCGGGGGGUAGCGGCGUGCGGCAGCCGGCAUCACCAUGGCGGCGCCGGCGUCCUCGGCCCCGCCGAAGAAGAUCGUGGCUCCCACCGUGUCGCAGAUCAACGCGGAGUACGUGACCCAGUUAGCAAAUAAAUACUGGGCUCCACAUGUGAAGAAAAAGUUGUCCUUUGAUUCAAAGGUUAUUGAAGAUGUGUAUAUAAAAGAAAUUGUCAGGUCCAAGUUUGCUAUUAGAAAGAUAAUGCUUCUUGAAUUCAGCCAGUACCUUGAAAAUUACUUAUGGAUGAAUUAUUCUCCAGAGGUGUCCAGUAAGGCAUAUUUAAUGUCAAUCUGCUGCAUGGUGAAUGAGAAGUUCAGAGAGAAUGUCCCUGCGUGGGAGACAUUCAAAAAAAAGCCAGAACAUUUUCCCUUCUUUUUCAAAUGCAUUCUGGAAGCAUCCCUGGUGGAAAAUGACAGUGAAUACUCUCUGCAUGAACAGACAGUGCUGCUGCUUUUCCUUGAUCACUGCUUCAACAGUUUGGAGGUGGACUUGAUCAGAGGCCAGGUGCAGCAGCUCAUCUCUUUACCGAUGUGGAUGGCUCUACAACCUAAACGCCUGGAACAAGAGCUGAAAAAGACACCAAAACUAAGGAAGUUCUGGAACCUGAUUAAGAAGAAUGAUGAGAAAAUGGAUGAAGAGGCAAGACUGAAAGCAUACCGGGAGAGAAGAUUUCUUUCACAGCUCAUUCAGAAAUUCAUUUCUGUGCUGAAAUCAAUCCCUGUCUCAGGUCCUAUUUCUAUGGACAAAGUUCACUAUUGUGAGAGAUUCAUUGAGCUCAUGCUGGAUCUUGAGGCUUUGCUUCCCACACGGCGCUGGUUCAAUACAGUGUUGGAUGACUCCCAUCUUGUUGUUCACUGUUACCUGUCCAGUCUGGCUAAAAGGGAGAAGGAAGGACAUCUCUUCUGCCAGCUUUUAGAUAUGCUUAAAUUCUACACUGGCUUUGAGAUCAAUGAUCAGACUGGAAAUGCUCUGACGGAGAACGAGAUGACAACAAUUCACUACGACAGAAUUACUUCUCUGCAGAGAGCAGCCUUUGCACACUUCCCAGAGCUGUAUGACUUUGCCCUCUCCAACGUAGCCGCAGUAGACACUCGGGACUCCCUGGUGAAGUUGUUUGGGCCUCUUAGUUCGGACACUCUCCACCGGGUGGCGUCUUACCUGUGCCUGCUGCCGGCCCUGGCGGAGGGGGAGAGCUCCAGCUAUGAAAAGGACUUUCUGCUGGAGCUGCUGGUAUCUCGUCAUGAGCGGCGGAUAUCUCAGAUUCAGCAGCUCAACCAGAUGCCUCUGUACCCCACAGAGAAGAUCAUUUGGGAUGAAAAUAUUGUACCAACUGAGUACUAUUCUGGAGAAGGCUGCCUUGCACUUCCCAAGUUGAAUCUGCAGUUUCUGACUCUUCAUGACUACCUGCUGAGGAACUUCAAUCUUUUCCGGCUGGAGUCUACUUACGAGAUCCGGCAGGACAUUGAAGACAGUGUCAGCAGGAUGAAGCCAUGGUUAUCAGAAUAUGGAGGUGUAGUCUUUGGUGGAUGGGCUAGGAUGGCACAACCCAUUGUGUCUUUCACGGUGGUGGAGGUGGCAAAGCCCAACAUUGGUGAAAACUGGCCUAUGAGAGUACGAGCAGAUGUCACCAUUAACCUGAACGUCCGAGAUAACAUCAAGGAUGAAUGGGAAGGGCUGCGUAAGCACGACGUCUGCUUCCUGAUCACCGUGCGGCCCACGCAGCCUUACGGCACCAAGUUCGACCGGCGCCGACCCUUCGUGGAGCAGAUCGGCCUGGUCUACGUCAGAGGCUGCGAAAUCCAGGGCAUGCUGGACGAGAAAGGCCGUGUCAUUGAGGAAGGACCUGAACCCAAACCAAGGCUUAAAGGGGACUGCAGGACGUACAGAGUGUUUCUGGACCCAAACCAGUAUCAGCAAGACAUGACCAAUACAAUCCAAAAUGGAGCAGAAGAUGUCUAUGAGACCUUUAAUAUAAUCAUGAGAAGAAAACCCAAAGAAAACAAUUUCAAGGCUGUCCUGGAGACAAUUAGGAAUUUGAUGAACACAGACUGUGUGGUUCCUGACUGGCUGCAUGACAUCAUUCUGGGAUAUGGAGACCCAAGCAGUGCACACUAUUCAAAAAUGCCAAACCAGAUUGCAUCUCUGGAUUUUAAUGACACUUUCCUGUCCAUUGAUCACUUAAGAGCCAGCUUUCCUGGAUACAAUAUUAAAGUGACUGUUGACAAUCCAGUUCUGCAAGUACCCCCCUUCAGGAUAACUUUCCCAAUAAAGGGAGGUAAAGGAAAGAAAAGAAAAGAAGAGGAUGGGAAUGAAGAGAAAGCUGAGGAAGUGAAGACACUGAUUGUAGAGCCUCAUGUCAUUCCAAACAGGGGACCGUACCCAUACAAUCAACCAAAACGCAACACCAUUCACUUUACCCACACUCAGAUCGAAGCGAUCCGUGCAGGAAUGCAGCCUGGACUAACCAUGGUCGUGGGGCCACCUGGAACUGGAAAAACUGAUGUGGCAGUCCAGAUAAUAUCCAAUCUGUAUCAUAAUUUCCCAGAGCAACGAACCCUUAUAGUGACCCACUCUAAUCAGGCCUUGAACCAGCUGUUUGAAAAAAUCAUGGCUCUGGACAUUGAUGAACGCCACCUCCUGCGUCUGGGUCAUGGCGAAGAGGAAUUGGAGACAGAGAAAGAUUUCAGCAGGUAUGGAAGAGUUAAUUACGUGCUGGCUCGAAGACUCGAACUCCUCCGAGAAGUGGGGCGGUUGCAAGAGAGCCUUGGAGUCCCAGGAGAUGUUUCUUACACUUGUGAAACAGCUGGCCACUUUUUCUUAUACCAAGUGAUGUCUCGCUGGGAGGAGUACAUCAGCAAGGUGAAGGUGAAGGGCGGGAGGCCGCCGGACGUCGCCGAUGUUUCCGGGUUCUUUCCUUUCCACCAGUACUUUGCCAAUGCUCCUCAGCCAAUUUUCAAAGGCAAAACCUAUGAGGAGGAUAUGGAAAUUGCUGAAGGGUGUUUUAGGCAUCUGAAGAAAAUAUUCACUCAGCUGGAGGAAUUCAGAGCAUUUGAACUUCUCCGCAGUGGCCUGGACAGAUCCAAAUACCUGUUGGUGAAAGAAGCCAAAAUCAUUGCCAUGACUUGUACCCAUGCUGCUCUGAAACGACAUGACCUGGUUGAAUUAGGUUUCAAAUAUGACAACAUCUUAAUGGAAGAGUCUGCUCAGAUCCUGGAAAUAGAAACCUUUAUACCUCUUCUGUUGCAGAACCCCCAGGAUGGCUUCAGUCGUUUGAAGCGCUGGAUUAUGAUUGGUGACCAUCACCAGCUGCCACCAGUCAUCAAGAACAUGGCUUUCCAGAAGUACUCUAACAUGGAGCAGUCUCUCUUCACAAGAUUUGUUCGUGUUGGAGUGCCAACUGUUGAUUUGGAUGCACAAGGCAGAGCAAGAGCAAGUUUGUGCAACCUUUACAACUGGCGCUACAAGAAUCUGGGUAACCUGCCUCACGUCCAGCUCCUGCCGGAGUUCAGGACGGCCAAUGCUGGCUUGUUGUACGACUUCCAGCUCAUUAAUGUAGAAGACUUCAAUGGUGUGGGAGAGUCUGAACCCAACCCUUACUUCUAUCAGAAUCUUGGUGAAGCAGAGUAUGUGGUGGCCCUCUUCAUGUACAUGUGCCUGCUUGGGUAUCCUGCAGACAAGAUAAGCAUCCUGACGACAUACAACGGCCAGAAGCACCUGAUCCGGGAUGUCAUCAACCAGCGCUGCGGAAACAAUCCCCUCAUUGGGAGGCCAAACAAGGUAACAACAGUGGACAGAUUUCAAGGGCAACAAAAUGAUUACAUUCUCCUUUCACUUGUGAGGACCAAAGCUGUAGGCCACCUAAGGGACGUCCGGCGCCUGGUGGUUGCCAUGUCAAGAGCCAGGCUUGGCCUUUACAUCUUCGCAAGGGUUUCCCUCUUCCAGAACUGCUUUGAGCUGACCCCAGCUUUCAGCCAGCUCACAGCUCGACCACUUCACCUCCACAUUGUCCCCACAGAAUGUUUCCCAACGGCAAGACAGAAUGGGGAGAGGCCAUCUCACCAGAUCCAUGUGAUUAAGAACAUGCCUCAGAUGGCUAACUUUGUGUACAACAUGUAUAUGCACCUGAUCCAGAGCACACGCCACUACCAGCAGCGUUUGCUGCCUCCACCUGCCAUGAUUGAAGAACCAGAAACCACACAAACCCAAGAGAUGGAAGCAGAAGAGGAAGUGCAAAGCAUGCAGGAAGAUGCAGGAGAAGGAAAUAAAGCAGUGGAAGAAGCACCAAAGGAAGGAGACCUGAAAGUGGCCGAGGGGGCUGAACAUCGAGCGAUGCCGGAGCACCCUGGCAGAGACAGCGACAGUGGAGACAGUGAACCUGAGCAUGAGACUGAGAAGUGAUCCCUGGCAUCUUUGUCCUCUACAUAUUAUGGACCACAAGCAGAGGAGGUGGGGGGUGGGAAGCAGUUAGAGAAGUUCUAUUUUUACCUUUUUGGGGGGCUUUUUGGUUGGGUCUUUCGUUGGGUUGGUUGUUUUUUACAUUGACUUUUUAAAGUGGUUGCUGGAGCUCUGUGGCCUC